CAGAAACGCAGCUAUUUUGGCCCAAAGUUGAGUGAGAAUUUGAAGAAAAAGACCACACAAAAAGCAUCUGAAAAGCUAUAAUAUCCAGCUGCAAAGCCCACUGAAAAGUAAUUUGAGGAACAAGCUGGGUAACAAGUUUGUUUGUUUAUAUUGUGGUACAGUGCGCGUUUCAGCCAGUUUGAUUGUGCCCAGACCGAAGAUGUCGUACUCAGCGGAGCGUGCGCUCUCCUAUCUCUAUCCCUUUACGAUCGUGUCCUCUGUGAUCUGCUGCAUUACCUCGGCAGUGGCUUGGUCUCACUGGCGCUACGUCCUGAACGCCUGUCCGGACACGAACUGCGGCUGCGUGCUGCACAGCCGGAGCACCUACAACAGUUUUGAGGGAGGGAACAUCGCCUACUGCCACUAUGCCACCUAUGGACUGCUACUGCCCCUGAUCUUCGCUGUGGUGCUGGGCAUCUACCAUGGCUAUCGGAUCUGCAUCGGGAAGGGUCAGAGAAAAUCGGGCCACGCAACCAUUCGACAGCGAUCCGGCGACAUGAUUGUGGUCACCACCGAGUCCGAAUUGACGCCCGAUGGUCUCUCCCCCUACUACUGGCUUCCUGCCACAGUCAUUUCGCUGAUCAUGGCCAUCUAUCAGCUGAUCUACGCCUCCGUAUUUACGGACGGAUUCGAGGUGACCUGCAAGCAGUACCGCGAGUCCCUGCUGAAGGAGAUCCAGGGAGUGGGCAACAUUGUUCCCGUGCUCAAGUCGCGUCUGUCGUGCGCAGCCAUAUUCGACUUCAUGGACUUCCUGGUGGAGAGUAUCUCCUACGAGCGACGUCGCUAUGGACGCAUCAACACCGCUGCUUGUCUGUACUUCACCUUGAUCUUUGCCUGGCUGGCCGUCUUCUCCUGGCUGUCCAUAUGUGUGAUCAAUAUUGUCCACCUUCGACGCACUCGGGCUGCCAGGGUCUGAGGAGUAGGACCAAACAGCAGAUUCCACAGCGAUCAACAUGAUGCAAAAUAAAUGAACGGAGCCAUUCCCAACGCACAUUCGCCUUAUAUUUAAACAUAGUUUUACCCAAACGCCACUUAUUUAUUAGUUCGAAACAUACUCCAACGUCCACGGCUCAAGCCGCCAUUAACAAAUUGUACAAAUAAUUGUAUCAACCAGUAUAUAUUAAAAUCAUUACAUUUUAUAUCUUA